AUGACAGAGCUCAGUGUCGUUCACAACACCCUCCAGGGCCAGGGCACUCAGUGUCAAAAAAACCCUAGUGCUACCUCCCUGUCUGUCCUGCAGAAAAGGGGGGACAUCAUACUGGGAGGCCUCUUCUCCCUUCAUGACAUGGUGGUGGAGCCCAGACUGAAUUUUAGCUCUCCGUCUCCUCCCACAAAAUGCACCAGGUUUAAUUUUCGGACUUUCCGCUGGAUGCAAACUAUGAUAUUUGCUAUUGAAGAGAUUAACAGAGUUGGAGCGCUCCUUCCCAACUUUACUCUUGGCUAUAAGAUCUAUGAUUCCUGCAGUACGCCUCACCAGGCUUUGAGAGCUGCCCUGGAGCUCAUGGGGGGUGAGAGCCGUUCUGGGUUAGAAGGAGAGACUUUGAGUCAAGACACCUGCCAUGGUGCAGUCCCCGUGGUGAUAGGAGACGGCGGCUCCACUCAGUCUCUCGUUGUGGCUCGUUUCAUGGGAGUCUUCCAUGUGCCACAGGUCAGCUAUUUCUCCAGUUGUGCUUGUCUGAGCAACAAAAAGGAGUUUCCUUCUUUUUUAAGAACCAUGCCUAGUGACUUCUUUCAGGUAGGUGCUCUUGCACAGCUUGUCAAGCAUUUUGGCUGGACCUGGGUGGGUAUUGUUGCAGGAGAUGAUGCAUAUGGACGCGGUGGUACAAAGAUCUUUGCAGAUGAGAUCAGUAAGUUGGGUGCUUGUGUUGCCUUUAAUGAAAUCAUUCCUAAGAACCCAUCCCAGAGUGAAAUUUCACCAAUCGUUGACAGCAUCCGUUCAUCUGGAGUUCACGUCAUUCUGGUGUUUGCUGUUGAACAAGAUGUUGCAGCGUUUUUUGAUGAAGUGGUCAGAAGUGGGCUCACUGGAAUGCAGUGGCUGGCCAGUGAAGCUUGGAGCACAGCAGCCAUCCUCUCCAAUCCAAGGAAGUAUCAUCACAUUCUGCAGGGAACUUUGGGAUUUGCCAUUCGUGGCGUAAACAUUCCAGGGUUUAGGGACUUUCUGCUACGCCUGAAUCCCUCAAGCCCAAAUGCCAGUGAAGAUCCUUUCCUCAUUCCUUUCUGGGAAGAAGUGUUCCAAUGUAGCCUUGACACCCAGGCUGAUGAUCAGAAAGCAGAUGGUAAACCUUCAUGCACUGGAACUGAGGAUCUCAAGAACAUACAAAAUACCUAUACAAAUGUGGAUCAGCUCAGGAUUUCCUACAACGUCUACAAGGCAGUGUAUGCUGUUGCCUAUGCUUUGAAGGCUAUGAGAAGCUGUGUGAGAGGAGAGGGUCCCUUUCCUCAAAUGACUUGUCCUGAUGCAGACAAUGUACAGCCGUGGCAGCUAUUGCAUUUCAUAAAGCUUGUUCAGUUCCAAAACGCAUUCGCUGAUGAAGUCAAGUUUGAUGAGAAUGGUGAUGUUGCAGCCAUGUACGACCUGGUUAACUGGCAGCUGAAACCUAAUGGAGAAAUGGACUUUGUUACCGUCGGGAAAUUUGAUGAAGCAACCCAUGUUUCCGGAAAAAAGCUUCAGAUUCAGGAAGAAGACAUCCUCUGGAAUGGCAACCAUACCAAAGUUCCAUUGUCAGUAUGUAGCUCCAUUUGUCCCCCAGGAACCCGGAAGGCAAUCAGACCUAACUUCCCUAUUUGCUGCCAUGAUUGUGUGGCUUGUACAGCUGGGAAGAUUAGCAAUCAGACUGAUACCAUAGAAUGUGUGAGGUGCCUGUCAGAGUUCUGGUCCAAUGCUGAGAGGACGGCCUGUGUUCCUAAACAAGUGGAGUUCCUCUCCUUCAGUGACACCAUGGGGAUAACACUGAUGACUAUUUCCCUCACUGGCUCCCUCAGCACCUCUGUUGUGGUCCUUGUAUUUUUUUUGAACAGAAACACCCCCAUUGUUAAAGCUAACAACUCCCAUUUGAGCUUUUUACUCCUCUUCUCUUUGACAUUGUGCUUCUUGUGCCCUUUGACCUUCAUUGGCCAGCCUUCUAAGUGGUCUUGCAUGCUGCGCCAUACAGCAUUUGGGAUCAGCUCUGUCCUCUGUAUCUCUUGCAUUCUGGGAAAAACCAUAGUGGUCCUAUUUGCCUUUAAGGCAACCCUUCCUGGCAGUAAGAUUAUAAAGUGGUUUGGGACAGCACAGCAAAAGUCUAUAAUUACCUUUUCUACUCUGGUCCAGGUGAUCAUCUGUGCAGUGUGGCUGGUUGUCGCACCCCCAAGACCACACCAAAUGAUGCCACGCGAGAGUGCCGUGGUUAUACUAUUGUGUGAUGAAGGCUCCCUUGUGGCAUUUGCCUGUGUCCUGGGCUACAUUGGCCUUUUGGCGUGCUCCUGCCUUCUCCUGGCCUUCCUUGCCAGAAAACUUCCAGACAACUUCAAUGAGGCCAAACUCAUCACUUUCAGCAUGCUCAUCUUUUGCUCUGUGUGGCUAGCAUUCAUUCCCGCUUACAUCAGCUCUCCAGGAAAGUAUGCAACCGUGACCGAAGUGUUUGCUAUUCUGGCCUCUAGUUAUGGAUUGCUAGGGUGCAUUUUUGCCCCAAAGUGCUACAUAAUUCUACUUAGACCAGGGAAAAAUACAAGACAACAAAUUAUGUUAAGAAUUCUCACUGGAAGACAUUAGAAAUAUUUUUUUUUCCCAGAAUUUGAGGAGAAACAUGUAAAUGUGUUGGGUUUUCUGUUGAAUGGUGGUGAUGAUGACUUUGUGCCACCAGAUGGAAGUGUUGUGUCAUAAAUAUGGAUUGUUUGUAAAUUUAUGAAUAGACAAGCAUGACUCAAAAAAAAAACAACCUUGAUGUUCCUAUCGGAGUUCAUAAACACACAUGCACACUACCACCCACAAAUCCCCCCUUUAUGUCUUUUACAGUUCUAACAGGCAGAAAAGCAUCUGUCCAUCCAUGCACAGCUCCUCUAUGACACUCUAAGAACAUAUGUGAAGGACAUCCAAGCUCUUUAUCUGACUGAGAUCUGGCAGCAGUGUCCAUGCUUAUUUGACUAUUGACAGGAGGAUGCUUUCUUCUGAAGUAUGCUCUGUUGAAAAUCCCAGCUGUCAUAGGCUAAUUGAAUCCUCAUACUCCAGAGGCCUUUACACAUAAACAUCACGACUGGCUGUUCCCAACAAUAACAAACUUGAGCGCAAGACAUUUCUCCGGCUCUCCCAGCUGCUCUCAGGACAGCGCCGAUUAUCUGGGCUAAUUGA